GUCAAACUAUCCAACUAGCCUAAACUUUCCUUGUUAUCUUGACUUUCUUAUACUUGGUACCAAAGCUACUAUAAAACUUGUUCUAUGAACUAACCAAAAUGUACAACUUGCAUCUAAUUUAAAAGAGUAAAAUAGAAGAGAGGAAAAAAAAAUGGAAAUGGAGAAAAAGUUGUAUGAAGCUGCUUUUGAAGGAAAUGUGCCAAAUUUAAAAGCAUUAAUACAAGAAGAUCCCUUAAUACUUGAUAGAAUCUCAACAGCAUUCUUCCAAGACACCCCUUUACAUGUUGCAACCUUACGCGGGCGCCUCGAGUUUGUACAUGCUGUACUCAGCCACAACCCCCAGCUUGCGGCCGAGCCUGACUCGCUCGGCCACUUGCCCCUCCACGUCGCUUCCGCCAAGGGAAACGUGGAGAUCGUCCGUGAGCUUUUACGUGUGGGACCGAGUUCGUGCCUUGCUCGUACCAAGGAUGGGAAGUUGCCCCUUCACUUGGCUAUAAUGAAGGGGGUCAAGGUUGAGGUGUUGACCGAGUUGACUCGGGCGUGUCCCGAGUCAACUCGGUCGAGGGUGGAUGGAGGGUGUAGUAUUUUGCACUUAUGUGUGAGGUAUGAUAAUUUGGAUGCUUUAAAGGUGUUGGUUGAGAUGUUUAAAGGUCAAAGUGAUUGUAACGACUUGUUGAAUGAAAUAAAUGAUGAUGGUAAUACUGUCUUGCAUUUGGCUGCUUUACAUAAGAAUUUGGAGGUUACAAAAUACUUGUUAGAAACAACAAGUAUUGAACAAAAUGCAGUGAACAACAAUGGUCUUACAGCCUUAGAUUUGGUCGAAAACUCUCCUAAAGACUUCAAAGGACUCGAGCUACUCAAUCUUCUCCUUCGAUCCAACGUUCGAAAACCAACCACUAACACUCAACCAUCAAAAAUAAGCACCCAAGUAAACAAUGCAACCUCACAUUCUAAACCACCAAGCCCAAAAAAGUCAUGGAAAAGAUUUUUCACAUUCAAUGAUGAUAACACGAAACAUUUGGAAGAUAUGAAAGGCCAAAUAUUAAUUAUCGCGGCUAUUAUAGUCACGAUUAAUGCAUUGCCAAUUAUCUACUUGAAGGUAAAUGGACCUGAUAUACCUGACCAAUUCUCAAUAAACUCGGGUUCAUUCGUGCCUGCUGUAACGAUCAUAUUGUUACUAGUAAGUGGUUUACCCUUAAGAAACAAAUUUUGUGGUUGGCUUGUGAUACAGUUGAUGUAUAGUGCUAUCGGAUUUUUGGCACUGAAUUACAUUGGACAAAUGCUUUCAACUGAAAGUCGAUACUCAAAACUCGAUGUUGCUGUUAUUCUUAUGUUGAUUUGGUUUGGGUUGUUGAUUAUUGUUAGUGCACUUAAUAUCAUCCGGUUGAUUGUAUGGGUUGUAACGAGUAUCAAAAGGCGUAUAAAGCAAAGGAAAUCGCGUGGUAGAAGAGAGGAUGCAUUGUCAAAUGCUUGAGCAAGUGAAAUUUUCUAGCUAUUCCAGUUUCAUUUAAUUUGUUUGUUUAAUUUUAAGUUGCUCAAUUUUUCAUUGUUUGUUUGAUGUAACAAGGUUGGUGUAUGUAUGUAGAUUUAUUGAUUAGAGUGUUGCUAUUAAGCUAAGUGAUUGAACAAACCUUAAAGUAACGGUAAAAGUAUGAUAAGUUGUUGCUAAAAUUCAUUUGUUAAUGCAAAAUUUAUUACAUUA